CUAGAAAGCACCUAAUAAGCACCGAAUUAGCACCUACUUCUUUGUCCGGCGCUUGCUCAGGGGCCUAGAAUGCCCUGGAGCUAGAGCGGUGUCGGCAUUUACUCGGUAUCGGUCCCUUACAGUGACUCAACCCCUUAAGUUUGUUCGGGUACAUCCAUACAUGCCCUUCAGCUUACAUAGUAGUACUACUAGUAAUACUUCAAUGUUACUUACCUCACAUGCAUAGCAAACACUUACAAUUAAAUACAUAGGUACAUAUCUGUGUAGGGUAUGUACCAACAUAUCAGUAAUCCAUGGAAAUAAUUCAAAGAAAUGGUAUAUAUGAAGUAAUCCAUCCCGUGCUCCUCAGAGUUUGCUAUACCAUCUUUUUGAACGUCACCCUACAUCUCUUAUAUCCCUUCAUUUAGUUGAGGUUUGACCAUUAUCCUCAAGUUAACCAUCCUCAAGUCCUUUGACUAACAUCCCUAAGCUAUACGUGUAUUAUUCACUUGGCAGCUACUCAAGAUGCAGUCCCGUUACCGUCACGGUCUGUCACCGUGGCACCUCUUGGUCACAGGUCUUGCAUUGAGUAAUUCAGGCCUGGCAAUUCCUGUAGAGGAUAGCCCACGCCAGUAUCUUUUGGCUGGUCUUGACUUGCCGCCGAAAUACUCCAAAAAUCCCAAGUCACCUUACAGCCCUGACUACAGAGACCCUUAUGACCGCGCCGUUGAUACUGUAGGUGAGAAGCUAGAUCCGCUUCCCUACCGAAAUGGAUUGGGAGCAUCCGUUCUCGGCCCCUGGAACUGGGAGCGGUCUCGCCAGAGCCCAGAUCUUGUACGACCACCGAGUACGGAUCACGGAAACCUGCAGAACAUGCGAUGGAGUUUCGCUGAUUCUCAUGUGCGGAUUGAGGAAGGAGGGUGGACACGGCAAACUACUGUCCGGGAGCUAGGUAGCAGUGUUGAGCUGGCUGCUGUGAAUAUGCGGCUCGAUACGGGUGUCAUACGCGAGCUGCACUGGCACAAGGAAGCCGAGUGGGCGUACGUCCUGGACGGACAUGUUAGAGUGACCGCAAUCGACUACGAAGGCGGAAACUUUAUCGAUGAUCUCAAAAAGGGUGACCUUUGGUAUUUCCCCAGUGGCGUCCCGCAUUCUCUCCAGGGACUCGGCGAGAACGGCACCGAGUUCCUGCUUGUCUUCGACGACGGGAACUUCUCAGAGGAAUCAACUUUUAUUCUGUCCGAUUGGCUAGCACACACACCCAAGUCUGUGAUUGCCAAGAACUUCAACCUGGCGCCUGAAGUCUUCGCACACCUCCCCGAAAAGGAAAAGUACAUCUUCCAGGGUUCCCAACCAGGUUCCAUAGAUGAGGAGAAGCCAACAGGCAAGAACGUCAAGAAGUCCAAGCAGAAUUUUACCCACAGGAUGCUGGAGCAGGAGCCUCAUCUAACUACCGGUGGUGAAGUCCGCAUCACAGAUUCCAAAAACUUCCCAAUUUCCAAGACGGUGGCAGCAGCUCACGUCCUGAUUCAGCCUGGUGCUAUACGUGAGAUGCACUGGCAUCCGAAUGCCGAUGAAUGGAAUUUCUUCCUUAGUGGUCGGGCCAGAGUCACCAUCUUUGCCUCUGAGGGUAGCGCCAGGACGUUCAACUACGUCCCCGGCGACGUGGGCAUCAUACCCAGGAACAUGGGCCACUUUGUGGAGAAUAUUGGAGAUGAGCCCAUCGAGAUGCUAGAGGUCUUCCGUGCAGAUGAGUUCAGGGAUUUCUCUCUCUUCCAAUGGAUGGGUGAGACCCCGAAGAAGAUGGUUGUCGACCACCUGUUCAAGGACGACCCGAAGAACGGGGAGAUCUUCUGGAACAGGAUCAAGAACGCCGAGAAGGAUGAGGUCACACUCCCUGAUCCUGACAAUGAAGCAGGAUCUGAAGAGCGGGAGUUGUGAACAUUCGGACCUUUGCCCUUUCUAUUCUAGCCUCGUAGGAAAAAGUUGAUUGUCUUCUACUUCAUACUUGAAUAUUCGCUUCUUCGUAAGUACAGUAUUCUACUAUGUAUUUAUCUUAGUAUCUAUCUACCCACCUAGGGGUCUAACCUAGGCGGUUUGUAUCAUUGAAUGAUCCAUAUAGGGGAUAUUUGGGAUCUGUUGAUUACCCCUAUCUAUUUAAAAGGGGUAUUUGGGCUGUCACUUAGCAGAGUACAUACCUAAUUUAGCGUUGAUCAACUUACUA